UUUAAACACCCUUGUGGCUUUUCAUAAUAGGUGAAUUCUAUAGAAAAUACACGUUUAUAUACAUUAUGCAUGGAGGAAGGUAAAAAGGAAAAAGAACACAAAAUACAUGUCGGGCAGGGUAACGACAUGACCGGUGAGAGUAAAAAGGUACCCACGGACAUGCCGCAAUCAAACAACUCUGUUCUGUUGGUGGUUAUUGUAGCUUCUGCUGCAAUAACUGCAGGGGUUUGGUUUCAGACUCACAAACUAGGAGUGGAAAUAACAAAUCUUGUUCAGACAUUACAAAAUCUGGAAUUGAGUAGCAAACACCAACAAACACAGCAACAGUCACGUCCAGUUGGCGAAGUGUUACCUCGAGAUUGUUUUGAUAUUCAGAUGAUGGGCGAAGAGGUUUCGAGCGUAUACAAAAUUUAUCCGGAAGGAAUUAAAGGAGGUGUAGAUGUGUUCUGUGAUAUGGAAAAUGAUGAUGGCGGUUGGUUGGUUUUUCAAAGAAGAUUAAACGGGGAGGCUGACUUUUAUCAGAAUUGGGAAAAUUAUACAGUAGGAUUUGGAGAUAUCAAAAAUGAAUUUUGGUUAGGAAAUAUAUUACUUAAUAUCAUAACAAAUCAAGGAUGGUACCAGCUACGUGUAGACAUGUCUGAUUUUGAGGGAGAAAGUAAAUACGCCAAAUACAAAAUUUUUCGAGUUGGUGAUAUCUCCAGUAAUUACCCCCUGACUGUUGCUGGGUACUCAGGGGAUGCUGGUAAUUCUAUGCAGGUUCACAACGGGAUGACAUUUUCUACUCAUGAUGUCGACAAUGAUGGAGCUCCAGGAUCCUGUGCAAAGUCAUUUAAAGGUGGAUUCUGGUACAAUAACUGUCAUUAUGCCAAUCCGAAUGGAGAAUACCUGAAAGGUGAACACGAAGCCUUAGCUGUAGGUGUUAAUUGGUACCACUGGAAAGGAUAUAAAUACUCAUUAAAAUCUAUAGAAAUGAAAAUAAAACCUUUAUAACUCAA